CUCAUGACUCCGCCCUUCUUUGGUUUCGGUUCCAUUUCGGUGUAUUGACAGCCGGGCGCUGGACCAGAAUGCAUUGCGGCAUAGGAGUAUUUGUCAGCGUAUCCUGUACAAUGAACACAAUCACAAUCGAUGAAGCGGAAGAUAUGGAUAUAUUAGAUACACAAUGGGGAUGGUACUACAUGGCAGCGUGCGGCAAGUGGCAUAUGUUUGAGGUAACCCCAUCAGAGAACUGUUCUAUCACCACCCAGGACAUUGAGCUGAGUUACAAAACCAACCCAAAAGGAACUGUUCCGUUUCGGACUAACAAGUUUAACUACAUACUUGAUUUUAACGAAAUGAAGGUAACCAACUUAUCCACAGGGGAAAAACAGCCAAUAAAAAGAGAUUCCUAUUCGAUCAACACUUUCAGUUAUAUCGGUGAGAUCGGUUCAAUUUCAGUUCCUUCCCACUGGGAGUAUGUCACCAAUACAGAACCUUUUCAGCUGCUUCCAUUGGCCAAAUCCUCCAAUGAGUUUAAAGAAGUUGCCGAUCGCGUUGGAAGAUCGAUGGAUAGUAAGCGCAUCGAAAACAUCCAAAGAAUACAAAAUAUUUACUUGUGGGAGUGUUACUGCAGAAAAAAAGCAUACCUGAAAAAAAUAAAAAAUGCGUCCAGUAUUAAGGAGGAAAUGCUGUUUCACGGCACGGGCGGCGAGUUUGUUGAAGCCAUAUGCAGUCGCAAUUUUGACUGGAGAUUAAGUGGGAUGCACCGUGCCCUGUUUGGCAAAGGGACAUAUUUUGCCCAGCAAGCAUCACAUGCAAGUCAGCACUCCCAAAAUAACUCAAGACAUGGAAGCACGUUGCAAGCACAUGGAAUUAUUCUUCAACAGGUUUCAUCUUGGGCCAAAAAACCUAUGUUCCUCGCACGGGUACUUGUUGGAGAAAGUGUCUGUGGGAAUGCCAGCUAUAUGCACCCUCCUUCAAAAGAUGGUAGCUUGGUCAACUUUUACGACAGCUGUGUGGACAACAUAUUCAAUCCUCUCAUUUAUGUGAUAUUUGACAGUACUCAAAUCUACCCAGAAUAUUUAAUUCACUUUACAUGACAUGCACUAGAAUAUUCUGUGUACCAAAGA